CGGCGCAGAAGAAGAAACCCCGGAAACACAUGGAAACAUUUGGAAAUGUGUUCGGCUGUAGUUGAAUAAUCAGUUUUCUUCUGCUUGUUUUACCGUUAAUGUAAAUAAAAACGUCGUGGGGAUUUACCUGUGUAACAUUUUAGCAGACGUGUAGCAGACACGCGUAUUCAGCUUUUCAUCAUGGUUCGAGCGCAAAGAGCAAAGAAACAGCAGAGGCCGAGAGCUACAAAACAACAUGACGAUGAUGACCCUGACGCCUACAAGGACAUGCCCGUCCCAGAUAAGAAAUCUUCACAGUACACAAAGGACAAAAUCGACGAGUUUCAUGAUGAAAAGAUUGCACAACUUCUCGCCCGCGGUGUUCAUAUGGACAGCGACCAAGACGACCUCGAUGAAGAGGAGGAAGUGAUGGCCCUAGAUGACUCUGAGUCAGAGGACGAGGAUGAGGAGGAGGAGGAGAAUGAGGAGGAAGAGAGCGACAUGGAGAGUGAUCUAGAGGGGAAGAGGGAUGAUGAUCUUCCUAAUGAAAUGGCAUGGGGGAACAGGAAGAAGAUGUUCUAUGACUCUGAUUAUGUGGCUGCCAAAGGGAAAACACAGGAGGAGUUGGAAGCAGAGGACCAAGAAGAGGAAGAAGAGGCAAAGAAUAUUCAAAAACGCUUGGCUGCCAGUAUGACUGAGGAGGACUAUGACCUCAGCUUUUUUCAGGACUUUACUGAGGAGAGUAAAGAUGAAGAAAAACGUGUAGAAAAGGAGAGGAUCGUCAAAGACUUAAAGCAGAUGUCUCAGAAAGAGAAGAUGAAACUUCUGAAGAAGGAAUCACCAGAGCUGCUUGAACUCAUUCAGGACUUCAAGGCUAAGCUUGCAGAACUGAAGGACGAGCUACAGCCACUCACAAAGAUGGUCAAAGAGGGACAGAUCCCACCAGGAAAGGGCGCAGACUAUCUCCAGACAAAACAGCAACUUUAUCUCAAUUACCUGACAAACAUCAGUUUCUACUUGGUGCUCAAAGCCAAACGGAUCCCUGCUCAUAACCAUCCUGUAAUCGAAAGACUGCUCACCUACAGAAAUCUAAUCAAUGAGCUCAGUGCAGUGGACGCCCGACUUGCACCACAACUACGCAAGCUUCUAGCUGGAGAGCAGAAAGAUAAGACUGACAGGAGGGCAGAGGACAACAAGCAAGCAGGAGUCUCCAGCAAGAAGGACAAGGGCUCAGCAGAGGCAGCGCCUGAAACUGCGGCAGAUUCAGACUCUGAUCUGGAUGAAGAGGCUGCCCUGCGCUUCUACAGAGGAGUAGAGGAGAGGUUGAAGCAGAAGAGGAAGAGCAACAGCACAGACCCACUGGCUGAAGAACCAGAGGAAUAUGGAGAUGAGGAGGAAGAGAUUGAUCCAGAUGCUAAGAGAGCCAUAACCUACCAGAUGGCCAAGAACAAAGGGCUCACACCAAAGAGGAAGAAAAUCGACCGUAAUCCUAGAGUCAAACACAGAGAGAAGUUCAGACGGGCCAAGAUCCGCAGAAAGGGACAGGUUCGUGAGGUUCGCAAGGAGGAGACAAGAUACAGUGGAGAGAUGUCUGGUAUCCGUGCUGGAGUCAUCAAGAGUGUCAAACUUAAGUAACCGACCGGCUGAGACACAACCGCAGGAUGGGAUAACCAAUUUGAUAGCCUUGGGAGGAAGAAAAUCCCAUUGGACUGUAACUGUGUGGUUUUAUUAUGUGAUAAGUAACUGUUGUUAGUAAAGCAUAUCAUUGAGUUA